AUGAAAGCAUCAAUCAGUACUCAGCCACCGUGCUCUGGAGAAAUCGGUCUACGAAAGGCCAUCUACGGCUCUCGUGACGUCUUCGCACAGUUCGACCUGGGACAGAAGCUCAUCGGACCGGCCGACACCUCCUUUCGCUGUCAGGCCGCCCUGAGCUUCCUUAACAUGCCCUUGCUGAGACCGACGGAGUGA